UCCUGGUGCUGGCAGACUAUAAUGCCAUGGGUGGAUCAGAGGUUAGCCUACGAGAAGGAGAUUAUGUCGAUCUCAUCAAAGUGGGUUGUGCUGGCUGGUGGUACAUGAGAGUUUCUGGGACCCCCUAUGAAGGAUGGGCUCCAGCUGCCUACCUUGAGCGGGUUCUCAAGAAGGGCAGCAGGUCCUCUCCUUCAGUCAGUAGCCAAGAAUCUUCUUCGGGCCUCAAGAAUGCCACCUCAAGAUCAUCUGUUGCAUCUCUUUCUGCCAAGUCUGAGGAAGUGAACAUACUGUAAGGAGAUGGAUAAAGAACAGAUUUGUCCUGACAUGGCAAGUAAAGCCUUGAGUACAUUCAGAUUUGUGGUGUUUCAUUAAGGAAUAUAAAUCCAGUUGAUUGUACUGUAUAUAGUCCCUUGAAGGAAUUGCUGCUGCAGCUUAUGUGCCUGAAUGAGUGUGUCGUUGUAUUCAAGUGAAAUGGUAACAGUACAUGUUCCUGGAUGAGUGUGUUGUCGUAAUCAAGUGAA